GAAAGAAACCAAGACAGACAGCUCUUCGCCGGAGGGAGACAGAGGAGAGAGAAGCAGACACGCAAGCCCAACGUUCUUCAACUUUCCCCUCUCCCUCUCACCUCUAGGAUUUAUUCAAUUUUCUCAUUAUCUAAUCAUCCAUUCGCCAUGAACGAGAAAGCCAAUGUUAGCAAGGAGCUCAAUGCAAAGCAUAGAAAGAUAUUGGAAGGGCUUCUAAAAUUGCCAGAGAACAGAGAAUGCGCCGACUGUAAAACAAAGGGGCCUAGAUGGGCUAGUGUUAACCUAGGUAUCUUCAUAUGCAUGCAAUGUUCUGGGAUCCACAGAAGUCUUGGUGUUCACAUAUCAAAGGUCAGAUCUGCUACUUUAGAUACAUGGCUUCCUGAACAGGUUUCAUUUAUUCAAUCAAUUGGAAAUGAGAAAGCAAACAGCUAUUGGGAAGCAAAUAUACCACCCAACUACGACAGAGUAGGGCUUGAGAAUUUUAUUCGUGCUAAAUAUGAAGAUAAGAGAUGGGCUGCAAAGAACGGGAAGCCUUUUUCGCCAUCUAGUGUGCAGCAGCAGAAAUCUGCUGAUGGAUUGGGGAAUGUAAACAAUUCUGUGAAUUCAUCUGAAGGAAGGAAGAAACAACAGAGGUCUAGUUCAAGUGUUUAUGUUCUACCAGUUAUUCCCCCACCAAAGGCUCAACAACAGUUCACUCAAAAACCUGAAAUAGCCGCAACUAAGAAGGUGGCAGAUUCUAAUCAAUCCGCUCCUCCCUCAACAAAUCAUUAUGCUACGGAUCUCUUUGAUAUGUUUUCUAUGGACGGACUAAGUGACAAUGUCACAAAGGCAGAGACGACUCAAGAUGCUUCAUGGGCGUGUUUCCAGACUGCUGCAGAGGAAUCAACAGGAGAAAAACCUGGCUUGACAACACAAGAUGAGAGGAAAACCCAUCCGACUUCCGGCAUUGAGGAUUUGUUCAAAGAUUCAGCUCCCAUCUCAUCAUCUUUUGUUCGAGAGAAGCCUGAGAAAGAUGUUAGAAAUGAUAUUAUGAGUCUCUUUGAUAAGUCCAACAUGGAAUCACCAUUUGCUCUUCAUCAACAACAACUUGUUAUGUUGGCUCAGCAGCAGGCACUUCUGAUGGCAGCUGCAGCUAAAUCUGGCGGAGUCACCCCCAUAUUUCCUGGUAAUGGGCAACAACCAGCCAACAACGAUCAAAGUUGGCCUAACAUGGGCCUUCAGUGUCCUGGACUCUUGAUACAUACAACCGGAACUAACCAGGUGGGAAGCAUGGGACCAGCACAUUCUACGGGAAAUUCUUCAUCACUUCCCACAUCCAGGUAAAAAUCAAUACUUCUCGGU